UGAAGUUGCUUCGAAACAAAGACGUGUAAAAAUGGAGUUGAAAGGCCCUUUGGCCCUCAUCGCCUUUUUGGCGAGUUAUAUCACCGUGGCUAUUGGAAAAUUGUCACCUGAAGAAUGCAGAAAGCUUGGUUUCUCUUCAAAUUUGUUAUGUGGAUCAUGUAAUGAUCUGAAGCAGUUCAAACUUGAUAUGCUUGUUAAAAGUUGUCAAAGCUGUUGCGAAAAGGACCAGGCCGAAAACGAGGGAUUGCGAUAUACAGCUGCAACCUUGAAGGUCUGUCAAUGAAAAAUAGGAAAGUAUCCUCAAAUUCAUGCUUUCGUCAAAAACGAUGGCAAGAAAGAUCAGUUUCCAAAUUUGAGGAUACAGUUUGUACGUGGGCAAGAUCCUAUUCUUCUAUUGCAUGAUGAAACAGAUGCAGUCAAGGACACAUUAAGCAUCGAUAAAUGGGACACAGACACAAUUGAAGAAUUUUUAAAAGAAAAAUUAACCUUAUAGUUUUACAUGCUCAUUUGAUUUUUAUAAGGCAAAUAAAUAAAAACAAAUAAAGGAAAAUAAAGAAAGUAUGCAAUGUACAGGGUUUAUGUCAGUGCCUCUGGAAUUUGCCACACUUCUGGUAAUAUGUGAAAUGUAGUGCAAUCUCCUAGAUUUAUGCUAGAACAGCGAUUGAUCUAUAUAAAAUUUGAUAAGAGAAAAUCAAUUUCUGAUAAAAUUUCUGGUUGACCUGAAAUACGGAAACAAUUGAAUUGUUAACCUAUUGAAGUUAAUGAUUACUAUAGUGUAUCAAAAUUUAGUUACAAUAUGGAUUAAAAUUUACUUUAUAAACUGGGAUAUGUUUUGUUAUUGUUUGAAGUGUAUAAGAAAUUAGUACAUGUAUAAUUGAGCCUUUUUCACUAAUAGUUUUGAAAUAAAUAAGCAAGUACAUUGAUAUCAACUUAUGAUGGUUGCUUAUUAAACCUUAAAGGUAAGGUAAACCUGAAACACUGUUGAUAAUUAUAUGUAUUAGAAUUGUGUUUUAUUUAACAAAACUAUGUGAAACUAUUUAAUAUAGAAGCAUUAGAACCAA